AUGGAGUGCCCACCAGAGUCCUCCAAGCCCCCUGGCCUGGAACAUUUGGAGUCAGCCGAGCAACGGACAACAGGAGGGGUGGGGGAGGGGCGUUCCAUAUGGUCCAAUCCAAGAGGGGCCGUGGCAGUGGCACCAUCUGUGAGAGACUCUGCCCCCUUCUCAUCUUGUCUCCAGAAAAACCAAGUGGUUAUGUAUGAAGCUAGCAGAGUGCUUGAGACUUGGGCUUCCCAGAUGAAGGGCUUGAGGCCGGCACUACUGCCAGAAGCUUCACGUGUCAUGUCGGGGAUCAUGCUGGUCUUGGUAUUGGUUUUCCUGCCAAGCUUGUACGGUGACCUGGGAUCAGUAUAUUACUCUUCCUAUGAAAUAGUCAUCCCCAAGAGUCUGACAGUGGAGGGAAGGGAAGACCCAGUGGAAAAGGUGUCCUAUAUGCUGUUUAUGCAGGGCCAGAAGCAGCUGAUACACCUGACGGUGAAGAGAGACUACUUUCUCAACAGCUUUCCAGUCUUCAGCUACCACAGCGGCAUCCUGGGGCAAGAAAUGCCUUUCGUCGCACGUGACUGUCACUACGAAGGCUACAUAGAAGGAGUCCCAGGUUCUUUUGUUUCCGUCAACACCUGUUCAGGCCUCAGGGGCAUCCUGAUUAAGGAGGAAAAAUCCUAUGGCAUUGAGCCCAUGCACUCUUCAAAACGGUUUGAACAUGUGUUGUACAUCAUGGCACACGAAGCUCACGUCUCCUGUAGUGUCACUUCCAAGGACAGCCAAGUGGCACCGACCAGCCGGCAACGAGACAGCAGCAGGCCUCGCGGUCUGCAGGUGCCGUCCUACUUGUGGUCACACACCAAGUACGUGGAGAUGUUCGUCGUGGUCAACAACCAGCGGUUCCAGAUGUGGGGCAGUGACGUCAAUGAGACAGUCCAGAGAGUAAUGGACAUCAUUGCUCUGGCCAACAGCUUCACCAGGGGAAUCAACACAGAGGUGGUGCUGGUUGGAAUGGAGAUUUGGACCGAGGGGGACCUCAUAGGCGUCCCAAUGGACCUGCAAGUUGCACUCAGGAAUUUCAAUAGCUGGAGACACGAGCAGCUCUUCCAUCGUGUGAAGCAUGAUGUUGCCCACAUGAUUGUUGGACACCAUCCUAAAGAGGAUAUGGGACAGGCCUUUCUCAGUGGCGCCUGUUCAAGUGCUUUUGCAGCAGCUGUUGAGUCCUUCCAUCACGAAGAUGUCCUCCUGUUUGCAGCACUCAUGGUCCAUGAGCUUGGGCACAACUUGGGGAUUCAGCACGACCAUUCGGCCUGCAUUUGUAAAGGUAAACACUUUUGCCUCAUGCAUGAAAAUAUCACCAAAGGAAGUGGCUUCAGCAACUGCAGCUCUGACGACUUCUACCGGUUCCUCCGGGAACACAAAGGGGCCUGCCUGUUUAACAAGCCUGGGCACAAAGGCCGCUUACAGAGGGACGUCCAGUGUGGAAAUGGUAUAGUGGAUGAGACAGAGCAGUGUGACUGUGGUUCUGAGUGUGACAAUCACCCAUGCUGUGACGAAACAUGUAGGCUGAAGGAGAAAGCAGUCUGUAAUCCUGGACCCUGCUGUAAUAAUUCAUGCCAAUAUGAAAAAAUUGGAUCCACGUGCCGUCCUGCUGUGGGAGAGUGUGACCUCCCAGAGUACUGUCUUGGUGACUCUGGAGAAUGUCCCCCAGACCGCUACAAGCAAGACGGUACGUCGUGUCAAAAAGUGCACUAUUGUUUUGAAGGACGCUGCAGGACUGCUGAUAACCAAUGUUUAGAUAUUUUUGGGUACCCUGCAAAAUCUGCCCCAGAAGAGUGUUAUCGGUCACUCAAUAAGAAAGGGAACAGGUUUGGAAACUGUGGUAGUCCCACGAAUAGUAACCCAGAAUAUGUUCAAUGUGAAGAUAAUAACUUAUUUUGUGGUAAAGUUGUAUGUACAAAUGUCAAACAGCUACCAGAUAUCAGACCCCAGCAUACAGUGUUGCAGGUCCCUCAUGAAAAUGACUACUGCUGGGUCAUGGAUGCAUAUGACACUACUGAUAUCCCGGAUGAAGGAACGUCAUGGGGUGGCAGUACUUGUGGAGACAACAGUGUCUGCAUGAAUCACAUCUGUAGUGAUCAUUCAGUGCUUGGGUAUGACUGCAAACCAGAAGAAAUGUGUAAUGGGAAAGGAGUUUGCAACAAUUUGAAGCACUGCCACUGUGUGGGUGGUUUUGCUCCCCCUGACUGCAACACUGCAGGAAAUGGUGGUAGUGUGGACAGUGGCCCCCCUGGUAUGAGUGAAGGACCAGAACCACCAGCUGGAGGUGGAAGUCAAAACACUACCGGAAGCAAAAAAGAAGAACUCUUAGAUACGGCGAUAAUACUAUUUAUUAUACUUUUCCUCAUAAUACUAGCAAUUAUAAUGUGUUGCAUCUUCUGCCUUUGCAAACGGGAGAAAGAGAAAGAAGCGGCUCCACCACCCGAAGAAGGGCCUCCUGCAGAGGCUGCUCCACCAGUGGAGGCCCCAGAAGAGGAGGAAGAGGAAGAGGAAGAGGAGGAAGAGGAAGAGGAGGAAGAGGAGGAGGAAGAAUCAGAGCCGUAAGACAAUAGAGGGAGAAAGAGGCCUGAUACAUCAAACACCUUAAGUUUGAGUGGGGAUGAGCAGCUUAGUGAAGCAAAGGUUAAGUGGGAAUUCGUAGCUUCAGUGGCUCUAGCUAGGAUUAUAACG